CUUCUCUUUGCCGCCUAAAGACGCCACCUCCUCAUUGUCCUUCGUACUUCAGGCGCUGGAUAUUGGGCUCAGCUCAUGGAAGAGUAUGGGAAUACCAGAACCUUCGGAGCGGACUUCAUGAAGCACUUCGGAAGCAAACGAUCCUACUUCGCGUCCCACCGCCUUCAAUAGGCUAGCAAUAGAUGCGACCUCUACAGUCACACGGAGCAGGAUCCCGAAAUGGCAUCGUAUAGAUCACACACCGGCGUUCCCAGACGGCCGGAGCAGUUGCUCGCCGGGACGGUUAAUCCUAAUUCGAAGCGUGCUCCAUCCACACGAAUACCACCCUCGAAAAGCGGUCCUAGCUCGAGCAGUAGCUCCAAGCAACCAUCGAGUAUCCCGACCCCAUCUUCGUUGACUUCGUCGAAGUUGUCGAAACGGAAAUUAAAGAAAUCGGACGACAAUAAUGGAAAGACUGAGCGAACGAUACCCUCCUCCAAUCCUGGACCAUCGUCGAAACCAGCUAUAAACGCAGCUCCAUCGAAAAUGAUCCCACCGACGAAAAGUUCGACCUAUCCUCCAGCUAUGUCGCCUCGUUAUCGACAGCCAGAUUCCAACUCAUGGAGGGAGAUUCCGCUGGCUCAUGCCGCGCCUCGGACUCGGUUUGAGCCAACGCGGACUCCAUCUUUGGUCUCUGGUUCAUCGGCAUCGACCCAAGACAGCCCCAACUCCAACCACAUCCGAAGAAAAGCAUCAUCAAUCGGGCGCCCCGGAAAUCGAAAUCGAUCCGGGUCCACAUCUUCCCAUGAUGAAAGCCGGCUUGGAAAGCCCAUCGGUGGCUUCAUCGACCCGUUCCAGGACUCUGUUCUUGGGAUCACCAUGCCUACUUCCACAUCUGUGCUCUCCCACAUGUCUCCAGCCAUGCCGAGUCCACAUGAUGCAGGAAGCAGCCCUUUCUACUCCGGUGCCACUGAUCCAACUCCUUUAAGGACCGAUAAUUUGCCGCCUCCAACGCUACAUUUUACUCUUGGCAACGGUAGCCCCUCGACGCGGUAUUCUGAGUCGCCCGGGGUCUUUAGCAUCAGUUCGACACCGACGUCGAUAUCGUCUUACUCGCCAGGAGUUCUUGCCGCCGCUCCGGGCCUCUCCGUCAUUCCAAAUACUCGACCGGACCGGAAAAAGAGCCCAAAAAGUCGCCCACCAAUAACUCGACGAAAGGGUACUGCGGACGACGAUGAUGGGUUGUCAUCUGUCAGAGAGUCAACAAGCUCAUCGUCCACCAUUCGAGCUCCUGAACCCACCAGAAUGCAGGACCAGAAAGCGACACGAAGACUAUCCACUCCCCCUCCAAGCCCACCGCUCCAGAAGCCAUCUAUUCCACCAGUCGUCACUCGUGCCAAGACUGCCCCAGAGUAUAUUCAGACCGUCAAUUCGACAAUAAGUCCAAGGAGAUCGCCUCAGCCGCCUUUCAAUAAGACCGCACCAUUAAACCCCCCCGAAUUUGCGCAUUUGGGGAAUCCGCCCGCGGUCUCUGAGCACCCAAAUGCGUCAUCUCCGCUCAAAGCUGGCUCCAAGCCCAUACGACCAAGUAGGGAUGGAACGCCUGAUUCACCGCAGGAAAUCCUCUAGUGAUUCUCGAUCACAGUCAACAGGACCUCCACCUGCAGCCCUCAACAAUACUCCUCGGACAAGGUUCGGCUUCGCUAGUAGGACGUCCUCUCGCAAUCCGUCGCCAAGCCCCAGCAACUCUUCGAAAGUACCUGAGCGAGA